AUGGCACAAGAAUAUAAGCUCAAGGAUUUCAGUACCUUAGAUUUGAAGCCCGGGGAGAAGAAGGAAGUUGAAGUUGAGGGUAUUGAAGGAGGCAAAGUAUUGUUGUGUAAUGUCGGUGGAAAGGUCACAGCUCUAGGCCAUAAAUGCACACAUUAUGGUGCUCCAUUGGUCAAGGGUGUUUUAACUGGGGAUGGCCGUAUAACUUGCCCAUGGCACGGAGCUUGCUUCAAUGCCACGAACGGAGAUAUCGAAAACGCUCCUGCUAUUGAUGCCCUUCCUUCAUUUGAGUUGUCUGAGAAGAAUGGUUCCGUAUAUGUAACCGGAGAACAAGAAGCUAUCAAGGGUAGCCGCAGAAAACCAAAUAUCAAGAUCACCGGUGGUGUCGGAUCAGAAAAGGUAGUAAUCGUCGGUGGUGGAAGCGGCGCCCUCAGUACACUCGAGGCACUGCGUGAAGCUGGCUUUAAGGGCUCAAUCACCAUGAUCGGCGACGAAGGUUACCUACCAAUUGAUAGAACAAAACUGUCGAAGGCUCUUAUUGAUGAUCCAUCAAAAAUUGCUUUGAGGGAUGAGGCUUGGUUCAAAGACGGAUCGAUUGCCAAUGUCAAUGAUACCGUCACCAGUAUCGACUUUCCGGGUAAGAAAGUAGUAACAAAAAAUGGUAGUUCCUUCCCUUACACGAAGCUAGUAUUGGCUUCUGGUGGAGCUCCAAAGAGUCUGCCUUUGCCUGGUUUCAAGGAACUGGGUAAUAUUUUUCUCCUUCGUAAUGUUCACCAUGUCAAGGGUAUCGUGGCGGCCAUCGGAGAGAAGAAUAAGAAGAUUGUCGUUAUUGGAAGCUCUUUUAUUGGCAUGGAAGUUGCCAAUGCCACAGCUAAAGAUAACGAUGUUACAGUCGUUGGCAUGGAAUCUGCACCACUAGAGAGAGUCAUGGGUGCUGAAGUAGGAAAGAUCUUCCAAAAGACUUUGGAAGGAAAUGGUGUCAAAUUCCUCAUGGAAGCUGGUGUGGAGAAAGCUGUUCCAUCAAAGUCAGACCCUUCCAAGGUCGGUGGUGUACAAUUGAAGGACGGCACCACACUAGAAGCAGACUUGGUGGUCCUAGGAACCGGUGUUAGCCCUGCAACUGAAUACUUGAAAGACAAUAAAUCAGUUGAGCUUCAGAAAGAUGGCUCAUUAAAGACAGAUGAGAACUUCCUGGUCUCUGGUAUGAAGGAUGUAUAUGCCAUUGGCGAUAUCGCAACUUAUCCUUACCAUGGACCUGGUGGUGAAGGAGCCUUGACUCGCAUUGAGCACUGGAACGUAGCUCAAAACUCGGGACGUAGCGUUGCCACACAUAUCAAUGACCCCUCCGCAAAGUCAAAAUCAUUUAUUCCGAUUUUCUGGUCAGCCCUCGGCUCGCAACUUAGAUAUUGUGGUAGUACACCAAAUGGUUGGGAUGAGCUUGUGCUAAAGGGAGAGCCAGAAAAGGCAAAAUUCGUGGCUUAUUAUUGCAAGGGAGAAACAGUUGUGGCUGUCGGUACUAUGCAGACUGACCCAGUUAUGACCCAAGCGUCAGAGUUGAUGAGAAGAGGAAAGAUGCCUAACAAGAGUGAAUUGAAGAAGGGACUGGAUAUCUUGGGAAUCAGUGUCCCAGCCGAGAUUAAGAUCUGA